UGUCUGUGUGUCUGAUCGCUGGAGACUCCUAACGGCUUCUAUGAAGUUUCAGAAGCUACUCUCCAAUUUUCACUUCUCAAGUUCCAGACCUUUCAGAUUUACUCUAUUAUAAUCGAUUUCGAGGAGAUUCAACACAAAAGUCUAAAUAAUUCAAGAAUAGGAGGGGAACUAUAUUACCAGCUCUUUAAUGGCUCAAGAUACUUCUCCUGGUGUUGAUUCACCUAGGCGGCGUUCUGGUCUGCUAAGAGAUCAGGUGCAGCUGGUUAAAAAGAAGGACACUGAUCGAUAUGAGAUUGCACCAAUUGAAGAUACAUUGUCAUUUGAAAAAGGUUUCUUCAUAGUAAUCCGUGCGUGCCAGUUGUUGUCACAGAAGAAUGAUGGAAUAAUAUUGGUAGGAGUAGCAGGUCCAUCUGGAGCUGGAAAGACUGUGUUCACUGAGAAGAUGCUCAACUUUAUGCCCAGCCUUGCUGUCAUUACAAUGGACAAUUACAAUGAUUCUAGUAGGAUCAUUGAUGGCAACUUUGAUGACCCACGUUUGACGGAUUAUGACAGUCUUCUCGAUAAUAUACAUGGUUUGAAAGCAGGGAAUGCUGUUCAGGUUCCAAUAUACGACUUCAAGACUAGCUCUCGCAUAGGUUACAGGACAGUUGAAGUCCCUAGCUCCCGCAUUGUGAUUAUUGAAGGCAUCUAUGCAUUAAGUGAGAGACUGCGACCAUUGCUAGAUCUACGUGUAUCUAUAACAGGUGGAGUUCACUUUGAUCUGGUCAAACGUGUUUUACGGGACAUUCAACGUGCUGGACAAGAACCUGAAGAAAUAAUUCACCAAAUCUCUGAAACGGUUUAUCCCAUGUACAAGGCUUUUAUUGAGCCAGAUCUCCAAACAGCACAUAUUAAAAUAAUUAACAAGUUUAAUCCUUUCACUGGAUUUCAGAGCCCUACUUAUAUUCUAAAGUCAACCAGAUCAGUUACAGUUGAACAAAUCAAGGCUGUGAUUUCUGAAGAGUACACUGAAACAAAAGAAGAAACUUAUGACAUAUAUCUUCUGCCACCUGGUGAAGACCCUGAAGCAUGUCAAUCAUAUCUAAGGAUGAGGAAUAGGGAUGGAAAAUACAAUCUCAUGUUCGAGGAAUGGGUUACGGACAGUCCAUUCAUAAUCUCACCUAGAAUAACUUUUGAAGUUAGCGUGCGCCUUUUGGGAGGGCUAAUGGCUUUGGGGUACACAAUUGCAACCAUCCUGAAAAGAAGCAGCCACGUCUUCAGUGACAACAGGGUGUGUGUGAAAACUGACUGGUUAGAACAACUUAAUCGCCAGUAUGUUCAGGUGCAAGGUAGAGAUCGUCUGUAUGUUAAGUAUGUGGCAGAGCAACUAGGCUUGGAUGGUUCAUAUGUUCCUCGUACUUACAUAGAACAGAUUCAGCUGGAGAAGCUUGUCAAUGACGUUAUGGCACUACCAGAUGAUUUGAAGACAAAGCUCAGCAUAGAUGAUGAUUUGGUUUCUAGCCCCAAAGAAGCCCUUUCUCGGGCUUCUGCGGAUAGGAGAAAUAAGUAUCUGAGCCGUAGUGUGUCACUCUCAUAUGCAAAUCAACGGGACAAGAAUCUGUCCAAGUUGACAAGACUUGCUGUUAAUAAUAGAAGGUUUGACGGAAGAACUCCAGAGUCACCAGCCACACUUGCAAACCAGGGUGUUAUUACUCAACUCUCUGAACAGAUUGCCACACUGAAUGAGAGGAUGGAUGAGUUCACAUCUCGGAUUGAGGAUCUGAAUUCCAAGUUCACUAUCAGGAAAGUUUCAGCUAGCCAACAAAACUUGGCAAUGCAGGCAGAAGCCUGCAAUGGCUCUGGACCCACUUCUGUUUUUGUUGCUGGUUUGGGUAAUGGUGCAUUAACUGGAUCACUGCUACCAACUUCCUCAUCCUCAUCACAAUUAGCUAGGGAGUCACCACUGAUGGAAGAGAUUCAACAAAUUGGAAGAGGACAACGCCAGAUCAUGCACCAGUUAGACAAUCUGAGCAAUCUGCUUCAUGAGUACUGGGCUCGCCAAGAGAGAACAGAUAGGAUAAACAGAGCUGUAGAUGUUGACUCCAUUACCUUGCCUCUCAUUGUAACUUUAGCAGUUGGUGGCUUAGGUGUGUUCUUAUUUAGAGGUCUGACAUCCCAAAAAUGAUGUCAAUUUCAAGUCCUAAAUGAAUUCGAAUUAAUCAAAGCUCCACAUGCAAGUUAGAUUCAUAAAAUUUGCUGCACAGAUGCUUAGUUUUUAAAUAAUAAGUAAAUUUUGACA